AUGACAUCAAACAUUCUAAGGUUACGCAUAUCACCGAGGGUUCCUGGCAUUGAUUUUUUACAAGCAACAAUAUUUGAACUAGAUCAACAACAGCGAGAAUGUUUAGUUAAAGUUGAUUACAAUCAGUUAAGUGAUUAUAUUGCAUUUGAGGAUAUAAUAUCAUUUGCAGCUACACUAACUCGUCGUUGGCCAAAUGUAAAGAUUUCGGAUUCAAGCGAUUCAUCUGAUAACGAAUAUCGAAUGGAUAUUGAUGAUGAAGAAUUGAAUUUUAACGACAAACUUUUGCUAACCGACAUUGGUGAUCUUGCUGAAAUGUGCCCUAAAUAUCACUGUGAACUAAACACAAUUCAAGGUCUUUGGUGCAAUCAAAAAGCAUUUGUUUUUACGGAAAAUUGUAUUAAAAUUAUUCCGGCGUUUUUGGCGUUCACUACGUUGACGAAGCAACUACGUAUAUUGCGCGAAAUUCUUAACUUCGUUAAGGAUGAUUACAGUGUGAAUGAAUAUUCAAAGUCAUAA